GAUUGCCCAAGAAAUGGUAUAAAAACCGUCUCGGUCCUGGGCUGCUCCAACAGAUCCUCUCGGCUCGCUCCGUGCUCCACAGGGCCCGAUCUUCCCGCCGCUUUGCCGUUGCUCAUCCCAAACCCAUCCCAUUCCCAGAAGAUGUCUUCCUACAGACAGAGCUCCAGCUCCCGCUGCCUGGCUCCCUGCGGGAUCUCCUGUCCCCAGCCCUACGCCAACGCCUGGARCCAGCCCUGUGUCACCUCCUGCGGGGACUCUCGGGCCGUGGUUUGUCCCCCGCCCGUGSUCAUCACCUUCCCGGGGCCCAUCCUCAGUACCUGUCCCCAGGAGAGCUGCGUGGGCUCCUCGACACCCUCGGGAUACGGAAAUUUCCUGACGUCCGAGGGUUCCUACGGGAAUUCCUGCAAUUACGGGAGGUCCUUCUCUUCCUACGGAUCCGCGUUCAGGAGCUGCAGACCGUGUUAAACACCCGGGGAAAUGAGGAGGAAGAGGAGCCUUCAGCAAAUCGGGGCGAUUCCCGGAGCAUCCUCACUCCCACCCUUCUCUGUAAAUUCCCUUUGUUUUUCUGACUCUUUUUUCCAGCGGUUUCUGCUCAUUCCGACCUCAAAAUCGUCCCAUCCGCGGUCYCUGGUGGAGUUUGUGUCACCUUCCCGAGCUGUAGAAAAGCAGGAAUCAUCCCUUUGGAAUGCACAGCCCCGGAGCGAUCCUUUCCUUUGCUCCCGUGAUGUUUUCCCGGAGUUUUCCAUUCCCGCUGUGAUAUUCCUCUCCUUCCUUUCUCAUUAAAGCUUUAUGCAUCAAAA